CAGACAGAGAAUUCUCAAAAGCGACGACAAUAACAAAGAACAAUAUAAGAAGACGUGGCGGCAGCGGCAGCGGCGACGAGUAAGACGAGUAAGUAAAACAGCAGCAGCAGCAGCGAUUAUUUGAUGCCACGAUCGGCUCGGCAGCCAAGCGCAAUCGAGCGGGACCAGGUCAGACGGCGCGCAUAACGACACAGAGCGGCAGAUCACCACCCGCCUCAAAGUUCAAAAGCAAAACGACGCGUGAUCAGAACGGAACGGUGCCGCAUCACCCAAGGCAAUUUUUGUGAUGUGAAAAAAGAUACAGAUUUUCAAGAGAUUAUUUAUGUAGAACUUAGAUCAAAUGAAUAAGUGAACGAACAGUAAGUGCUUGACGAGUGCAAAGGUUUAGAUAAAAAUUGAAAAAGGCUGUUAAGUGCCAAGAAAACGGUCACUUGUAUUAUUUAGAAAGAAAAAAAAUAAUUAUUUAUUAAAAAGCAAAAUAAAAAUGACAUCCUACGACAAGUGCGACAAUUCGGCAAAGUCGCAAAUGUUGCCGCAGGAUGCCACACAAAUAAUUAUGGAAUCGGCGAAACCCUUCACCAGCGAAGCGCUGCGACGCAGUUCAACGCCACACACAGCAGCGGGCAAGGUGAAGAAGGCGCUGCGAAAUCGGCUGGAAAUACUCAACUGGAUCGGCGACUACAACACCGAAUGGGCGAUGAGCGAUUUAAUUGCUGGCAUAACCCUGGGCCUGACCAUAAUUCCCGAGAGUAUUGCUUGCGCCCUAUUGGCGGGACUACCGGCGCGCUAUGGCCUCUGCUCGGCCUUUCUGGGCUCCUUUGUAUAUCUGAUAUUUGGUUCGAUUAACAAAGUAAUUAUUGGACCCACCAGUUUGGUGGCCCUGGUCAGCUUGCAGUUCACGGUGGGCAAACCCAUCGAAUUUGCCAUACUUCUCACCUUCCUUACGGGCGUCGUUGAGUUGAUAAUGGGAACUUUGCGCGUGGCUCCUAAGGGCAUGGUUGAUGCUAACAAGGAAUUGAUCACCGUCGGUCUGUGCAAUCUUGCCGGUUCCUGCGUACAAUCUAUGCCCGUAUCAGGCGCCUUCUCGCGUUAUGCCAUCAGCAACGCUUGUGGACUCAGAACUCCAAUGGCCAAUUUGUACCUGGGUGUAAUUGUGCUACUGGCUUUGGGCUUUCUCAGUCCCUACUUCAACUACAUACCCGAAUCAACGCUUGCCGCCAUUUUGAUGUGCUCCAUCGUAACUUUGCUGGAUCUGCAGCUACCACGGCGUUUGUGGCGCGAUGCUAAGCGAGAUUUCUGCGUGUGGGUGCUGUGCUUUACGGUCUGCAUCCUAUGCGGCGUGGAAGUGGGCCUGCUAGUCAGUAUUAUAGUGACAGUCUUACACUUACUAUUCCUAUGGGCGCAUCCUGUGAUCUCAGUGCAUGUAGAAGAGGUAAAUGAGCUACAAUUCAUACGCGUCACGCCCACUGGCGUCAUCUAUUUCCCCGCCAUCAAUCAUUUGCGCGCCAAAGUGCUGAAAGCAUGCGAACGCGUCAACUUCAGUCUGCCUGUGGUUAUGGAUUGUCACAAGAUCGCCGGCAUCGAUUUUACUGCGGCGCAAGGGAUCUCAAAACUUCCAGACGAUUUGACUCCAUCGGAAGUGGGUAGUGGACCGCUCCUCAUCAUAUACCGGCUAGAAGCGGAAAAACAGAAACUAAUACAAGCCACUGACAAGCUGAUCUUCUGUAAUGACGAUGUGAAGCUGGAAGAAUGCAUAACGCAAGAAUCAUUGCGGAAUGGGAAUUUCGUGAUGAAAGAACCUAUGAAAUCUACAAAUAGUCUGCUAGGCGAGACCCAUUUAGAUUUGCAUUAUUAGAGUAUAGUGUAGGUAGGGAAAAGAAGAAGAAGAAGAAGAAGCGGAUGGGGAAGGGGAAGAGAAGCAACAUUGCAAGUGAGUCUUUGUGAUAUGUACGAAAAUAUAAAUAGUAAGUAACUGUUAAUUGGGACAAAUGAACACUUGCAUACUUAGAAAAGUGCAUACAUACAAACAUUAGUAGGUAUGUAUGUUUGUAUGUAUUUUAGUAUGUUUGUAGGUACUCGUAUGAAUGGACGCGUACUAGAUAAUAGCUAGUAAAAAGUAAGCUAGUUGUUAUAUA